UCCAAUGUAGUCCAAUCCAGUAAUGGCUGCGGGCAGCGACGUUCGUGACCCGAUCGACAUUUUACGCAGUUCUUUACAAAGUGUGUGCGACCAACUUAAAGACAAGGAAACUCCGUGCAAAGAUGUUGACAACUUCAACCUGGAAGAGUUCUGGACCAAAAUGGCCAAGGUCACUCGGGCAUUGCGACACGAGGCAACCAAAUUCAGCAUGGCAUUCAGCAAACUGCCAGCGCCCACACCUGUUGAAAAGACUGGCUUGGUUGCAGACCUGGAGAAGGCGUGCCUCGCCUUGCUCGCUGCCUUCUCCGAGCUGCCCUUGUCCCGAGGGCUGACUCUGCGGGGAGAAGUGUCCGGGUUCGUCUGGGAGGUGCUGCGUGCAGUCCAGGGCAUGCUCAGUGCCGUUGGUGCCAGCAGUUCAGCCGGCCUCCAGCCAGUGGGCACCUGCUGGGAGAAGUGCGACGCCAUCCAGCGGCUUUCCAGAGAUAACAAGCAAGCCGUGACUUCAAUUCUCAAUGGCCAGUACGGAAUUGUACAGGACGCUGCUGAGGAACUGGACCAGACGAUGCGGGCGGAAGAAGAAGAAGCGCCAGUGGAGCAGCCAGUCCCAGUGCGGAAUGGGUUCCACCAGCCCCGUCAGUCGACCUGGUCCCUGCACGACCGCCAGCUUUUGGCUCCAGGGCUGGGCCUGGUCAAGACGGCCAGGACGACGCUGCGCAAGGUGUCCUCGGCGGUGUCCUCCAGGGGGCGCUGCCACACCCCCGAGGAGAACGGGGACCUCGACCGGCUGGCCGCCUUGGCGUCCCUGUCCAGCGCCCACGUGGACGACAUGGUCACGGCCCUGUACCCACCGGUCUUCGACGCGGCCGUCAGGGACAACGCCGGUGAGCUGAAGCAGCACCUACUAUCCAUCCUGGAUGCCACAAGGCAGGGCCACUUCUACGACAGCUCGGAGGAGUGGGUGGACUUUCUGGAGAGGGCGGUGGAGCACAACUACGGCAAGCUCUGCAACAACACCCAGGCCAACAGCUGAAACUCCUCCCUCGCAGAAUACAAUAUUUUUCAAUCAAA